AUGCCGCCAAAAGUAAUUUGGUUGAUUUAUAGCCUCGCCACGAGCUGGGUUGUCACUUGCCAACAGCAACUCGCGAAGAUGCAAAGUUUGUCCUUCUGGUGGUGCCUGGUCCGAAUGGAAAGCAGUCUCCAGGUGCAGUUGGAAUUGCGGAGAAGUCAGGAUGUCCUUGUAGAGGAGAAGCCAAGCGCGUGGCUGCAUGCGCGGAUGCGCUAUGCUUCUUUCCUAAUCGAACAUGCGCGGAAGGGUAUCGAAAGGGAGGACAGGGCUGAUCCUAAUUGGAGGUGCCGGGAAUUCGAGCACGAUCGUGACGACUCGCAUCAGAAUUGGCCCGAACCAGAUCCGGAACCAAACCACCCGAACUUGCCGAUACCUGGACCUCAACCAGGACCGGUUGGAGGUCAAGGAGUCUGGGGUCCUUGGAUUACGAUGUCGAAGUGCAACACAGAGUGCGGAAAGGAGGGAUCGUAUCGUCAAGCUAGACUCUGUUUAACGGAGCCGCGGUUGCGUUGCUCCGGUGAACAAAUCCAGUCACUCCCAUGUCCAAAAUGUGCAAAACCACUACCACCCAUUCCGCCUCCGAUCCCAUACAAUGACGAUCCAUUCGGGCCAAAUCCUUUUGGAGAUGUCGGCUAU